AUGGGCUCUCAAGAAUCCAACAAACAGCAGAAGCAACUCCUAUUGUUGGAGUUAAAGAAACAUGGAAACCCUAAUGGCUUCUGCUACUCUCACUCUGUUGUUGCUGCUUGUGUCUCUAAGCAUCUUGCCAUCGAAACCUCUGCAGAUUAUGUUUACCCAUUUCCUCCUCCUCCAAUGAAAAAACCCUAUUACAAGUAUCCUUCUUCUCCACCACUUACGAAGAAGCCCUACAUGUACCCGUCUCCUCCUCCACCACCACCGAAGAAACACCAUGUGUACCCGUCAUCUCCUCCACUGAAAAAGCACUAUGUGUACCCGUCGCCUCCUCCACCGCCAAAGAAACACUAUGAUUACAAGUCUCCUCCUCCACCGAAAAAAACACUAUGUGUACCUGUCGCCUCCUCCGCCACCCAAAAAACACUAUGA